GUCAAACCCCACUUCCACCUAAACAGAGCACACGCACCGAGCUGAGGACGGUCCCUCAUCCUCCUCCUCCUCCUCCUCACAGCUGAAGAUGGCGGACCCGGCCGAGUGCACCAUCAAAGUCAUGUGCCGUUUUCGGCCUUUAAACGGUUCGGAGGUGAUGAGGGGAGACAAAUACAUCCCCAAAUUCCAAGGAGAAGAUAAUGUGGUCAUCGGGGGAAAGCCAUAUAUGUUUGAUCGGGUGUUUCAGUCUAACACUACUCAGGAGCAGGUUUACAACGCUUGUGCUCAGAAGAUCGUUAAAGAUGUGCUUGAGGGUUAUAACGGUACAAUAUUUGCUUAUGGGCAAACCUCUUCUGGAAAAACACACACCAUGGAGGGGAACCUGCAUGAUCCAGAUGGCAUGGGCAUUAUUCCACGGAUCGUCCAGGAUAUAUUCAACUACAUUUACUCUAUGGAUGAAAACCUGGAAUUCCAUAUCAAGGUCUCCUAUUUUGAGAUUUACCUGGACAAGAUCAGGGAUUUGCUGGAUGUAUCUAAGACCAAUCUGUCUGUACAUGAAGAUAAGAACAGAGUUCCCUAUGUAAAGGGUUGUACUGAACGGUUUGUGUGUAGCCCAGAGGAAGUGAUGGACACCAUUGAUGAAGGCAAAUCCAACAGACAUGUGGCUGUCACAAACAUGAACGAGCACAGCUCCAGGAGUCACAGUAUCUUCCUGAUAAACGUCAAGCAAGAGAACACGCAGACGGAGCAGAAACUGAGUGGGAAACUUUACCUGGUGGAUUUAGCAGGAAGCGAGAAGGUCAGUAAAACUGGAGCAGAGGGAGCUGUGUUGGAUGAAGCCAAAAACAUUAACAAAUCUCUUUCCGCUCUGGGAAACGUCAUCUCUGCUCUGGCAGAAGGAACGACGUACAUUCCCUACAGAGACAGUAAGAUGACGAGGAUCUUGCAGGAUUCGCUGGGGGGAAACUGCAGGACCACUAUAGUGAUCUGCUGCUCUCCAUCUUCCUUCAACGAGGCCGAGACCAAAACUACGCUCAUGUUCGGACAGAGAGCAAAGACCAUCAAGAACACCGUGUGUGUGAAUGUGGAGCUGACAGCUGAGCAGUGGAAGAAGAAAUAUGAGAAGGAGAAAGAGAAGAACAAGACCCUAAAGAACACCAUCACCUGGCUGGAGAACGAGCUCAACCGCUGGAGGAACGGUGAGAGUGUUCCCACUGAGGAGCAGUACGAUAAGGAGAAGGCAAACGCUGAUGUUCUGGCCCUGGAUAAUGUGAUGAAUAAUGAUAAAUUCACCUCGUCUCCCAGCAUGCCCGGCCUUAAAUUCACUGACGCGGAGCGUGAUAAGUGUGAGGCUGAAUUGGCCAAACUUUUCAAACAGCUUGAUGACAAGGAUGAUGAGAUAAAUCAGCAGUCUCAGCUGGCUGAGAAACUCAAGCAGCAGAUGUUGGAUCAGGAAGAGCUGCUGGUCUCAACGCGAAGGGACCAUGACAACCUGCAGGCGGAGCUCACCCGUCUUCAGAUGGAGAACGAGGCGUCUAAAGAGGAGGUGAAGGAGGUGCUGCAGGCCCUGGAGGAGCUCGCAGUCAACUAUGAUCAGAAGAGUCAGGAGGUGGAGGACAAGACCAAGGAGUUUGAAGCCCUGAAUGAAGAGCUCAACCAGAAAUCUAGCGUUCUUGCAUCCAUCGACUCUGAGCUGCAGAAACUGAAGGAAAUGACCAACCAUCAGAAGAAGAGAGUCACGGAGAUGAUGUCAUCGCUGCUUAAAGACCUGGCAGAGAUUGGCAUCGCCGUAGGCAGCAAUGACAUUAAGCAUGAGGGUGGAGGUCUCAUUGAUGAAGAGUUCACCGUGGCUCGUCUGUACAUCAGUAAGAUGAAGUCGGAGGUGAAGACUCUGGUGAAGCGCAGCAAACAGCUGGAAAGCGUUCAGGCUGAGAGCAACAAGAAGAUGGAUGAGAACGAGAAAGAGCUCGCUGCCUGCCAGCUCCGUAUCUCUCAGUAUGAAGCAAAGAUCAAGUCCCUGACGGAGUACCUGCAAAACAUUGAACACAAGAAGAGACAGCUAGAGGAGAACGUAGACUCUCUCAAUGAGGAACUGGUCAAACUCAGCACACAGGAGAAAGUUCAUACAAUGGAGAAGGAGAAUGAGAUACAAAGUGCUAAUGUCAAGGAUGCCGUUGAGCAGCAGAUUCAGAACCACAGAGAAGCUCAUCAGAAACAGCUGAGCAACCUGAGAGACGAGCUGGAGACCAAAGAGAAACUCAUCACUGAACUGCAGGAUCAGAACCAGAAGAUCAUGUUGGAGCAAGAGCGCUUGAAGGUGGAGCAUGAGAAACUCAAAACCACUGACCAGGAGAAGAGCCGCAAACUGCACGAGCUCACGGUGAUGCAGGACAGAAGGGAACAGGCCAGACAGGAUCUCAAAGGCCUGGAGGAGACAGUGGCCAAAGAGCUGCAGACUCUUCAUAACCUGAGGAAACUCUUUGUUCAGGAUCUGGCCACACGGGUGAAGAAGAGUGCAGAGAUUGACUCCGAUGACACUGGUGGCAGUGCGGCACAAAAACAGAAGAUCUCGUUCCUGGAGAACAACCUUGAGCAGCUCACUAAAGUGCACAAGCAGCUGGUGCGUGAUAACGCUGACCUGCGCUGUGAGCUGCCCAAGCUGGAGAAGCGCCUGCGGGCGACAGCGGAGCGCGUGAAGGCUCUGGAGUCUGCACUCAAAGAGGCCAAAGAGAACGCAGCCCGUGACCGCAAACGCUACCAACAGGAGGUGGACCGCAUUAAAGAGGCCGUCAGAGCCAAGAACAUGGCCCGCAGAGGACACUCCGCACAGAUCGCCAAGCCAAUCAGACCCGGUCAGCCCCCUGUCGCCUCACCCACCCACCCCAAUGUCAACCGCUCAGGGGCGGGGCUCUUCCAGAACAACCAAUCAGUGGGCAUCCGUGGUGGAGGCGUAGUCAAACAGUAAAAUAACUGUUGAAUGCUGAAUUUAACCCCAGUAGCCCCAGCUGAAGCUGAUAUCAUCCCAAAAAGCUGAACAGGCAUUCCACAGCACGGGAGGGUUCAACACUAUACAUAUGAAAAUGAAUAUAAGUAUAUAUGUGUAUGAAACAUGAAAUAAUAUCACCGUCUCUGGGCUGUACAGAUGUUCCUCCAUUCUGAUCUCUUAUAUCUUCCCUUUAAAAAUGUAAAGGAAAAAAAAAAUCAGGCUUUUUGCACCAGUGGAAACGUGUGUAACUAGCGUGUGUCUCUUCACUCUUGCACAGUAGGUUUCUGCUCACAUCCCGCUCUCCACGUCCCUCACUGUGCCAAGUUGAAUGUAUUACAAAAUUGCAAAAGAAUAAAAAAGGCAGAAAUUAAUGAAAAAUGGGAAAAGAACAAACAAACAAAGAAAACAAAAAACCUACUAUUUGAGCCUUAUUUAUGUGCGUUCUCAUUUUGGGUUUGUUUAGAGAGUUUGCUUGUUCUCUCUUGCUUUGAGAAACUUCUAUUGAACAUUUCACCUAAAUACGUGAGAUAAACACUACAGUUGAACUGUAUAUAUGAACCAUUGAACUAGUUUUUGUAGUGAUGUUCAGAAGAAAGAUUUAAAUUAUGAUGAAAGGGUCGUCUGAAAGUAGACAAACGAGAUGCAGCCUUUUAGUUCUCAUUUCAUGGAACUGCUUGAUGUAGAAGCACCUGAGCUGCAGGUAUAUUUAAAGCACUGUACAAACACAAAACAAGUAAUCAUUGUUACGAAGUAAAGAGCUGUGUAUGUCACAGCCUGAGCUUUUAGAUGAGUUGUAGCUAGGUUAAUAAUAAUACUAAUGUCAUGUGCUCAUUUCAAUAUUUAACUUUGGUUAAUAUUUAAGGUUGUGGUUACAUUGUUUGUUUUUAGUAGGCAGGGAACCUAGCUUUUAAUUUGAGAGAUUGUUGACCCAACAAUGAACACUUAGAUUAUUAUGUAUUCAUCCACAUGUCGUUCCAAACCUGCUAGACUUUUCUUUCAUCCUACAUGAAAAGCUAUCCGAACGUUUGCAUUUUUCAUGUUUUUUUUUUUUUUUUUUUUUUUACAUUUUUUAAUUAAAAGGCAUAGACAUAGACAAUUUCAAGCUCCAGAAUAUCACAAAAUACCAUGAUAUUUUAAUUCCACGUCUUCUGAAGUCGAAUUGGACAUUCAUUAUUCACUUCAGAUCUUGCCCUUUGUGCUUUGUCAUUUGAUUGAGAUGUAAUGGCAUUCGGCAUCAUUGACAUCACACCUGCCACAACAUGACGUUAUGCAUUAUUUGAGCAAAUGAGAUUUUCAUAGGUUUGUCUUAUUUAGUUUUUGGAAAUCCUUUUCACUACUUGUUAUUAUUUUAUAGAAAAGCUACAUUUAUUAGGGUUUGGGACUGCAUGAGAGUUGAGUAAAUGGUGACAAAGGUUUCAUAUUUGGGUAAUGGGAAAUGAUCACAUCCCGUCCUUGUCCCCUUUAGAGACAAAGGUUAGUUUUACACCUUGUAUAGUGUCAUUUUGUGGUUUUGUUGGAGCGCGGUUUGUGCAAUGGUCAGACAGCCAUUGAAUUCACAAUGUACCUACACUCCUGAGUUUUUACCUUUUGAUUUGACUUGUGUUUUGGUACAGUUUAGUCCAUUAUAGGGUCCAUAUUUUGAAGUUUUGCGAUUGAAUCUUCAGUGGUUUGAGCAUUGCAAACAACCCAGGGAAACCCACACAUCAUUUAGUUCUGGCGAUUGUGGUUUUGGUUGCCUUGUGUUUUUGCAUUUGGCUUAUAUAGACCUGCUGAUUGGCUCUCUACAGUUCAAAUGCUUUUCAUUCAGCACGACGUUACUGCCUUUCAUUCACUAAUUUUAAUGGGUGGGGCUUAUUUAAUGGUGGGUGGGGUUUAUUUAAUCAUUUUUGGUCAUGUUUUCAUUUCGUUGCACUUGAAACUAGGUAAUGUUUUAUUUAUUUCUGUUUUAUUAUAGACUAGGGAUUUUGCAGUUGAGUUUCUUUUGUCUAUCUUUUUUGAAGUAUAUAUAUAUUCCAGUGUACUUGUUUUCCAUUGUCCUCUGUUUUUCCAUGUAUUUGGAUCCAGAUCCUACUAGUUGUCUUGUCAAUGACUGUAGUACUGUAGCGGCGGGAUAUUGAAGAUGGUGUUUUAUGACCUCUUGUGUGCAAUAUGAAUCUGGUGUCGUGCAAGUUUCGCUGUACUGAAGAAAAGCGACGGCACUCAACAGUUCUCCAGUUUUAUUUCAUUGUUUAAUGCUCAUUUGUCUAACGCUUGUCUUGUUCGCCGCAUUUAAUCUUUUAAAAGCACUUUAAAAUAUUACCAUCUCAUUUGAAAAACGCACUUGGAGAAAACUUGCAUCUCAAACAUCAAAUUUCUCACUGAAUCCUGUAAUUAUUGUUAUUGAGGAGCUACAGCCGGAGGUCAUGUGAUUUGAAGACUGUAUCAUUGUUUUUUUGUAUUUUAUUUUGCCUUGAAUCUGCAUUUUUAACAUUUGCCGGGGAAAACAGUUGCUCCGUUUAAAUGACUCUAAAGGAAAGAUGUAAUGGUGAUCAGAUAAUGUGUACAGUUGGCUCUUCAGAGUGUAGAUUGAAUUGCUGUGUAUAUUUCCUUUAGUUGCUUACUGUAGGCAAGUUUUCACCCUUGACAUGAAACGCAAAUAAAGUAUAAGGUAAAACACA